AUUUCUCACUACUCUUCUUCAAUUGCAUUUUGCAUUUUGUAUUUUGUUCUUGAGAGAGAAAUAGAGAAACAAACGCCUUUCUCUCUCUAAAAAACACAACAAUCAACGUAUACAGAAUUACACACACAUCGCACCGGAAGAAAUACAGAACCAUGACUUCCGACAACCACACCGAAAGAAACGCCAUUUUCCGCAAGCUCAAACAAAAGCCGGAGAAUAAGAUGUGUUUCGAUUGCAAUGCUAAGAAUCCAAAUUGGGCAUCGAUUACCUAUGGGAUCUUCCUUUGUAUUGAUUGUUCGGGGGUUCAUCGAAGCCUCGGCGUCCAUGUCAGCUUCGUCAGGUCUACGAAUAUGGAUUCAUGGACUCCUGAUCAAUUGAAAAUGAUGACCUUUGGUGGAAAUAACCGUGCUCAAGUUUUCUUUAAACAACAUGGAUGGACUGAUGGAGGCAAGAUUGAGGCCAAAUACACCUCAAGAGCUGCUGAGUUAUACAGGCAAUUACUCUCCAAAGAAGUUGCUAAAAGCAAUCCAGAAGACGUAGGCCUGCCUUCAUCACCUGUUGCUGCCCUGUCAUCAAAACCUUGUAAUGAAUUUUCUGAUUUUAACAUCAUUGAAGAACCAAAAGUAGCUUCCUCGAAUGAUGCUCCAAAUGGAAGUUUUGUGAAAACUGUAACCCCUGAGGUUUCUGCUUCACCAAGAGCCUCUCACACAACUGCGACGAUGACUAUGAAGAAGUCUCUAGGUGCCAAAAAAACUGGCAAGACAGGUGGGCUAGGUGCUAGAAAGCUUACUACCAAGCCAAGUGAAAGCCUUUAUGACCAGAAGCCUGAAGAACCACCUGUACAGGUUUCUUCUGCUAACUCUUCAAGCAGUAGCACCCCAGUAGUGAGUUCAUCAUAUAAAUCCCGAUUUGAGUAUACAGACAAUGGACAACCUACUGAGAUGAGUGCUGAAGGUGCUCGUCUUAGCCAUGUUUCACCUCCUAAGUCUUCCAACUUUUUUGCUGAAUAUGGCAUGGAAAGUGGCUUCCCAAAGAAAAGCAGCUCCAACUCAUCAAAAGUGCAAGUUGAAGAAAACGAUGAAGCGAGAAAGAAGUUUUCUAAUGCAAAAUCUAUAUCAUCAGCUCAGUUUUUUGGUGUUCAGAACAAAUCUAGUGACUUGGAGGCAUCAGUUUCAUUGCAGAAGUUCUCGGGGUCAUCGUCAAUUUCGAGUGCCGAUUUCUUUGGUAACGAUUCGAGUUCUGCUAUUGACCUUUCAGCAAGUGAACUCAUUAAUAAGCUGUCUUUCCAGGCACAGCAAGAUAUCUCCUCUCUGAAGAGCAUGGCAGGAGAAACUGGGAAGAAGUUAAGCUCCAUGGCAUCCUCUUUAUUAACAGAUCUUCAGGACAGAAUUCUCUGAUGAUAUAUGAUAGAGACAAUAUAAUUGUAUUUUUUUUUCUUACAUUAAAACAAAGGUUUGUUGCAAAUUAUUACCUGCCCAUAUAUUUUAUGUAGUGUAUUAUGUAGAGAAGAGCCUUCUUUCUUAAACUGAGUUAUAAUAUUUGGAACUCCAGAGUUUUAAGAUAUUUUUGUCCCUUGUUUUAUUUCCUAGUUGGUUUUGAUGAUGC